ACAAACCUGGCGCUGUCCUGGACGGCACGGGUUAACUGCGCCUGCGCUAUGUAGACCGACAGUGUCGCUCCGCGCCUACUGCAGCUGCAGCUCUUGGUGCUCUUCCUCCUGGCACAGCAUCACGUUUGUACACCACAAAGCUGUGCUGAGCCCUGUUUCCCUCGAGAGUUUCUGCUUCUGCAUGGACAGAUGCGUGCCCAGCCAUUUUUCCUCCUCCCGCUCAGCCAUUGUGGCUCCUCUGCGAAGGACAUCGUUCAGGCUCCUGUGGCUGGAAACUGCCUUGCUUGACCACAACAACUGGAUUGCCUUGUACAUGUGGUUCCCAUGAUGCUGGGGUUACAGGGAAAUACUUCAUCCUCCAAAGUGUAUCGUUGUGUGGCUUGUUCAGCCACCUUCACUGGACUGGCCUCCUUGCUAGUACAUCAGGCGACCCAUGCAAGUGCACUCUCCAAGGGUUCUACUCCCACUCCACAGCCUAACAUCAGCCCACAUGAAACACUGUUUGCAAGUAUGGACCCAUCCAGUGAGCACCCCUGUCCACCAACACUUUUGCCUGAGAGCCCUUCGCCUUCUUUUUAUAUUUGUGAUUGUGGAGAGGAAUUUCAGGACUUCAGUCUUAUGCUGGAACACAAGCGUUCACAUAUAUCUCCAAUUCAGCUACUGCAGCCUCUAGAUAACAAUAUUGUUCUCUCAAGUGGAAAGGGAUGUGAUCAAGCUUUUCCCACCCAGCAUGUAUCAUUUAAUCCAACUGUAACCCAGCCAGGUUUGGUCCUUACUUGCCCCUCUACCUCAAGGUCCCCACCUGUCGACCUGCCAACAUUAACAGAUCAUAAAACCAAUGUAAACCUAGGGGAUGGCAUUGCCUUUGCAACCACUUCUCAAGGGCAAUGUACACCCCCCCAGGAUAACAGUGAAAAACAACGUAACAACAUGUUGUCCACAGCAGAGCAAAUACCAGAGACUGUAGAGGACAUGCAUUUCCAGGACAAAACUAAUUCUGUUUUCAGCAUUGAAAAGAAUGACUCUAUGCCCAAAAACAACUCCCUAAUGAAGUUGCUGGCAUCAGCGUACAUGAAGCGCUUUUCACCUAUUCAGUCUCAGAAUCAAAACAAUAACACAGUUACCCCCAAACAAGAAGUUGUCCCUGUUAAUAUAACUUCAGUAGCAAAAACUGAGGUUUCCCCGAUCAACGACCUCUCUAUUGCACAGUUGAGGCGACUGCUUGCAAAACCUGGUAUAAAGACAAAAGGUCCAUCUAUUGGCAGAAUUCUUGAGUGCAGUAAGAAAAGAGUUGUCUCUUUGACCAAGACUUUCUCCCCUGUUGUGGUUCUUGAAACCCGUCAAAAGCUCAUGGAUCCAAUGGGUAAUGGUACGUAUGGGACAUAUCAAUGUGGCCGCUGUCGUAGGGUCUUUGAAAACUUGGACAAACUAACAGAGCAUCAUUUCUUGCACAAAAAAGAAAGGAUUAAAUGUUGUCGUCGCUGCAAACAGCUGAUCAUUGGGCGGCUACCUUUACGUGACAAUCACGUAUGCCCUCAGUUAGGAAACAAGAGCGUACAGCCAUCAGGUUCGUUUAAGAACAAGUUACCAUUUUCCCAAAAAAUAAUGGCAUUCCAUAGGCUCAACAACACGAAAAAGGUCUUCUUUUGUCCAUUGUGCAAGCACAGCUACGCACGGAGGUGGAACCUUAAAAUGCACAAGUGUCAGGGCACAGGCUCAGCCCUCUCUCAGCAAGCCAGUCCCCCCAUUCAGAAAAUGAUCGUAUUGAGAUCAAAUAGCACAGCUAAAACAGACACAGAUGUUAUAGCUGAAUCUCAAUUUUCUAAGAGUAUUGGUGUAGGAACUGAAGUAACUGGUCGUAUCAAGGUGGAAGUGACCUCUUCGAACUCAGACCAGUCUGCAGUUUCACAGUUGGCCUGGACUAAUCCAGCAAAAAGUUUUUCACCAUUCUACCCCAAACCUUCAAUGAUGGAGCAGCACAAGGAUGCCUCUCUGAGUGGAAUUUCACUCCAGCAAGGAGAGGAAAACAGCUGGGAUUCAACACCUGUUAAUGAUGAAGAUAAAAAUGAAGGGCAGUGGACAAUGCCCUUGGAUGAUGAAAUGGAGGUGCUGAGUUCUGCAGAGAAGGCCGGUGAUGACAGAGAGGUGAAGACAUCUGUGUCAGUUGGACAUGUGGAGGCGACACCCGCUAGCUUGCGCUACUUUGUCAGAGAUGGUGUAAAACGUUACCCUUGCAACAGGUGUCAGAAAACCUAUAGUCGGGCAUCUACUUUGAGGCGUCAUCUCCGACUAUGUGGGUUUAGGCCACGUUCACUUGGGACUGUAACACAGAGUGGUAGUCAUGGUGCCAUUCAACUGAAUGCAAAUAGCAUGAAACCAAUGUUUGCUUGUUUUGUCUGUGGGAAGACGUUUAAUCGCAAAGAUAACAUGAUGGUUCACAGUAAAAAAUGUCAGUUGCAACGAACAAUGGCAGAUGUAGAUAGAGGGACUGGACAGCAGAGUUUGUCAGGCAAUACAACAGAUUGUCAAACCAAGGAGGACGAUGGAGGCAACUGGGGCAUCAUGUCACUGCCCUCUGUACUUCCAAGGAGGGUGACGUGUGAGUGUGGGGUUGGAUUUACAUCUCCAAGGCUUCUCCUGGAGCAUCUGCAGAAACAUGCUCAGGAAUCCUACACAUGUCCGACUUGUGGAGAGACUGUUAAUUCUUGGGCAGACUAUGAAGUUCAUCUGCAGAUUCAUAUGCAUCCUCAUCACCAGCUGCUGAAGGGACUGCAACCACAACGAUCACAACCUCUAUUACUUCGAUUUCAGCAACAACCAGCUCAGCAGCAGCAGCAGCCGCCCCAGUCAGUGCAUCAGCCUCCACAGAAACAACCACGGCCAGAGCAGUUUCCAAAUCCCACAAAAAAGCAGCAGCGGAUUGUAUGCACACGGUGUGGCAACACUUUUGCCACCCGCUGUUCCCUUCGAAGGCAUAUAUCUUGGAAUCGAUGCAAAGGUGGACGGGUUACAAAUCUACAGACAAAUCCACUGAAAACCUACCACUGUUCUCACUGCAACUCUGACUUCCCAAACACAAUCAGUCUUACAUUUCACCAGAGGAGUGGUGCUUGCAAGCCUGCCAUUAAGCCUGUGCGUUGCCCUGUUUGUCUUCGCUGGUUUAGCACUGUCGACGGUCUGCAGAAACACCUGCUUACACACAAACAGUCUGAAUCAUAUCGUUGUGAUGUCUGUCAGGGAACAUACCCAAACCUUAAAUCACUCAAAAACCACUGCAGGAGGAUUCAUCGCAUCAUGGCUGGAGACAUUAAGCCACAAACACAAGAACAGCUGACUUCUCAAUGAAACUAAAAAAUGUGUAACAUGGGGGUGGUGCAUUAAGAACACAGCGCAUCUUGUUAUAGUUUGUUCCUUCCUUAUUUGCCAGUUGAACUUUACCUGUUUUUUACUUUCAAGAAAACAUUGUACAGCUGCAUAAGGUGGUGUUUUUUAAGCAACUCUUAGGAGUGUGUCAUAGUUGCUUGCCACUGUAAAUCAAAAGCUUUGAUAUAGUAUACAUUUUAGCUCUGUCAAGUUAAUGCCUAUAUUACAUAACGCCAUUAGCCUGUAAAUGUUUGACUAUUUGGUAACCAAACUUUGAUCACAAAGGUUGUGAUAUAGCUCGUUGUUGUUCCUGGUGUUAUUAAACUGCUAUGUGAAACAUGUACAUUACAUCUUUUUGUGUGAUAUGAGAUCUUAUAUCUUCCUUAAAGUCUUUGAGGCAAAAGUGCAGGAUUAACACAAGAAAGGGUUUGUUUUUUAAUACCAUGUGUACAGAGCUAUGUUUUAACAUGAAAAUUAUGAGUGGUAUCACAAUGACCAUGGUUUAUAUUUCUCCAAUUUAGGAGAAUAACUGCAGUUAAUAAAGCCUAGAAGUGAUAAUUUUACAACUAUCCAUAUCCUAUUGUCCAACCCUUCAGAUGGCUUCUAGUUUUUUAGGUAUUUAGGCAGAUGUAACAUCUUUAUUACUAUGUAAUUUUCUGUGUGCACAAGAUUUUGUGUAGUUAUUAUUUACAGAUGGAUGUAAUUUAGAACUACUUCACAACUCCAGUGUUCAUUUUAGAAUUAAUUUGACAUAUUUCUAAGUUGUGAAUGGGGCUUGAGCAAAAUGAUUAAUGAAAUCAAGACUGGAUUACUAAGCAAACAGGUGCUGCAAAACUUUGGGGGUCCCAAAGACUCCAACAUUACCUUGUCAAGUGAUUUUUGCUAUUUUAUUGAAAAUUUGGAAUAAUGCACCACUAAAGCAAAUCAACUGAUAGGAUAAGGGCCUUAAAGUGGUUCCUGUUUAGUUAUUUAGUUACUAAGGCUGUGUCUUAAAGCAAGUUCAUGUGUCAAAACCCAGUUUUAAGAGCUACUUUAUCUCAUUUUUGUGCUUGCAUGUUGCAUAUUUACCCAAAUUGAUGUAUUAAAUCAAAUGACCACGGCCAGUCAGUAUUCCUGCAUAGUAAAACUGUACAAGUUGCAUGGAGAGUAUGAGGAACAGGGCUUAAUUGCAGCCCCUAGCAGGUUAAUCAAGCCAUGGUCUUUUAUAACAUUUGUUGCCACACAAGUCUGUCAUAAAUGCAAAUUAACAGUAAAUAUCCAAGGGGACCUAACAUUACUUCAAAGUCGGAUCUUAAGGAAACCUGAAGCAAAAAAUUUUUUAUUUUAUUUUUUUUAUAAACCUUAGCGCUGUUGACUGAUUUAUACAUUCACUGUAAUAGCAUCCCCUAUUUAUUGAAUCUAAAGAUUAAAUAAAAAUUUUGUACAAUCAGUUUGUCAUACUGUCAAAUAAAAAAUAAUAGUCAUGUCAAUUUGAUCAAGGACUAGAUAUAUAGUGCCAAAAUGUAAAAUGUGCACCUAGAGGUGCUCUGAAACAUCUGUGUUUCCAUGGCAACCGAGGCAAUUGUCAAUCUGCUGAUGAGGACUGUGUUGAAAGCUUAAACAAGCACGACUAAAUGGAGCUUGAGUUGAGAACUGUCUGUUUUCAUGUUCAAGAUUGAAGUGUCAGCUUUGUGUCGAGACUAAAAUUCACCCACUGUAAUAACAUUAAAAGUGAACCAGGACCUCCACUCGAUAGGUGUCAGUAUGACGACGCAAGCCCUGACGUAUCGCCGUAGAAAUGCGCCAUCCGCAGAAGAAGAGGGAGGUUUUUUUUUCGCUUUGGUGUGGCUAGUAGGCUAACUGCUACCUACUCGUUAAAUGCCGGCAAUUUGGCCCGAUUCUGAAUGUAUCACAAAGAGACAAUCGACCAGUUGUUUGCGGUUUAAUAGGAGGACAUGUCAGAAUAUUGAUACGGCGCUACUUUGAUUUCAUGUGAAAGUAAGCUAACGUUAUUGUCUAUGAGCUAAUUGAGGCUAACGUUAGCAUGAUAGGCUUUUAGCAUAGCAAGCAGGAAGGGUUCUUUGGAGGGCUCUGCAUCAUCAGUGAACACAUCCAUGCCUAGCCUGAUCAUGGAGGGAGGACAGCAAAAACUGCAAAAUGUCCUGGAGGAUGGAUUAAGCACAGAAUUGAUAAAUGCUGGCCGGUUUUGCUUCAGCUGUGAGCAAAUAUUUUCAGAUCGAAGAAGCCUGGAGGAACAUGUAUGUUCUGCUGCAAGUUACAUCUGCUCCUGUGGAACUGAGUUUACCCAGUACAGUGACAUGUUGGAGCACAGCACGACACAUGAGCCUGGGCACCAAGUGCUUGAUCACGAAACAAUAAAGAAGCGCAGAAUUGAGAAGCGCAUAGAGGAGGAGGAGAAGCUAAAAAGAUUACAGACAGGUGAGGUUGUCUGGAAGGCACCUAAAAUGAACAAUGUGGCAUCAAUUUCUAUGCCAGUAAAUCCUAUGCUGCAGCGACCCAUUUCAUCAGGUCCUUUGCCAGUUCCCAUGCAAUCUUCAAAGAUUUCACAAGUGCCUGAGUUGUACCCCGCUGUGUCACAAGCAUCAUUCCUCUCAAAUCCUGCCACCUCUACAACAGACAUGCAGAAUAUUUUUGCAGGUGUAGGUGCACCAACAGUGGAUCUUUGGACACUUUACCAGCCAGUCGUGGUGAUAAAUACGGUGCGCAAGUUUAACAAGAAAAAGCCAUACACUUGUGGUAAAUGUGGGCAGUGUUUUGUGACAAAGACCUCUCUCAUCUCCCACCACAGCUCUCAUGUCACAGACAAAGUUUCUGGCUGUAUAGGAUGUGGGCUGCUGCUCUCCAGCAAGAAGGUAGUGCCUCGCUUCCAUGUUUGUAACUCACCCAACACUGCUACCAAAUUCAGACUCAUUACUGCAAAACCUCUGAAUUUCGGUAAGCCAAACAAAGCCAGCACACAUAGGAGUCAGAACCCGAGUGCUCAGGAACCUCAGGUCCCUUCCUCUAUACAGCUAAAAAGGCAGAAUCCCAGUGUAACCAGUAAAGGCAUACGGACAUCAUGUGUCACUUCCAUCCUGCAAUUGAAAAAUCAGAAUAUCAGAUCAUACAGUAAAAGCACUCAGGGGUUUCGUGUCACUCCACUCCUGCAGACAUACAGUCGAAAUCCCAGCACAUCCAAGCCUUAUACCAAUGUCUCCCUUCUAUCAAAGAAUCAGAGUCCACAUCUGAGUGCAUCCACCAAGUCAAGUGGUAGGGGGCUUUCUUUCAUUCCCUCCUUGCAGAUGAAGUCACCCACAAACUCUGCAUCAGGCGUAUUGAGCAAACCCAUGCAGAUAUCCUCUGCAAAAAAUGGGUUCACAUGUCGAGUCUGUCAAAUUCCUUUUGAAACUGCUCAGCUCCUUCAGAGGCACAAGUGUAUCAAAGCACAGGAAUUCAUGGCACAGCAAGUGCGAGGUGGCAAACAGCAUUUCAGACUAAAGAGGGUGACACCAUUGGUAAGCCCAGUUCCUGUUCAGAUGAAUGGUGACUUAAAACUGGAGGUUCCAUUGGCUGGUAACAUAAAGAAAAACCAGGUUGUGGCUGUAAGUCUGGACAGAGGUCAAGGUGCAGAUCCUGUGAAUGGGAAACCAGGAGUGAAAAUGGACGAUGAUGAUUGUUACAUCGUUGAAAGCGGACCAGACAAACCUGCUGAGAUGAUUUACCAAGUAACUUCAUCUGUUCCUAUUAUAACUUGACAAAACCAGAGAGCCACUUCCAGUUUGCAUGUGACAUUUUAUGUUAAUUACGGACCAAGUGCAUAAAGAUUGCAGUCACCCGGUUGAACCGCAUCCACUGAUUUCAUCACACAGGAACACAAUGUUCCAAACUACUUUAAAAGACUUAUACGUGUGGGAUAUAUAGUGACAACUAACAUGCAUCUUAUUUCAACUGGAUUCUCACCAGUACAGUAAACGGCCCAUAUUGACUGUUGACACAAAUCUAAAGUUGUUGCCCCUGCAAUGGUUAUAGAAGAUGUAAAUCGAUAAUGUUCAUUAUCAAAAUGUAUGUUCAUGGCUUACUUAUGUAUGAUGGGGUAACCAGGUACUGCAUUAAAAACCUUUUUUGUUUUUUAAAUAUGUUUUAGUAUGAUCAGAAUGUGUUGUGAGGCUGUGGAGCUGACCACGGUACCAUGUGUGUUCUUACCAGUUUUAGCAGACUUCAAGAAUACAGUAUAUGUUGUAUUAAACUAUAUUUUCAAACUCA